AUGAGCAUCCUCCCCGCAUCGAAGCGAGCGCGGCAGGCCCGCUGGGUUGGAUGUCGCGCGGCACCAGGGGAAAGGCGAGGCGUCACCGCGCGUCUGGACCGCGCCCUAACUUCGGGCAUCAGUUUGCUGUCUGGGGGCUUGGGCGCGUUCGCCGAUGGUGUGGCGGAGGGCCUCGCGGGCCUCAUGGACGACGAGGACGGCGAGCCCGUCGCGGCCGCCCCUGGGCUGCCUCUCUCUCGCUGCGCCUCCGUUUCGCCUCCGCCUCCGCCGCCCUCCUCCGAGCCCCUUGCUUCGCCUCCUCCGCCGGUGGCUGCUGCCUCGUCUUUUCUGCAGGCCUUGUCUGGCGCCGCCUCGGGGGCGCCGCUGCUGGCGUCUGCCUCGGUCGCGGCUCCUCCUGUCUCGGCGUCCGCCGGAGGGGAUGGGGGCGCUAAAGACGACGUCUUUCUCUCGUACGCGAAGCUAAGUGAGGGGUUUGCGGCGGACGAUCGGCGGAGCAAGAUGCGGAGUGUGACGGUUGUCGACGGGCCUGCCUCUGCUGCGCCGACUGAGCAGACUGGGGAGGUCUCGGUGACGCGGUCUGUGGCAGCCCAAGAGCCGCAAGGAGGAGAGAGAAGGAGAUCUUUAUCAAUGGAGGGCGAGAACGGGGCCUCGGCGACGGCGUCGACGGGACAGGCCGGCACAGACUCGCGCGCGCACACUGCGCACCGCGAAACCCUUCUGCCGUGGGAAGCGGAAGGGGCGAUUGGAGGAGGAGGACGAGGCAAGGAGGGUCUGGACGUCAGGUACGAGGGCGCCGCCCAGCUCACAAGCCAGACGGAAUCGUGGAAAACAGAACACAGCGUCGAUGCCAUGCGACUGACAAGCUGGAGGGGCUUUGUUGGAGACGAAAUCCAGCAAAACCUGAGGUGA